AUGUCCACAAACAAAAGUAAAAGUAGUGACAGUAUUCAUAAAGCUUCCUUUGAAGGAAAACUAUUUAUUAUUCAACAAGUUUUAGAGAAAGAGCCUAAUGCCAUCAAUUCAAAAGACGAGGAUCAAAGAACUCCAUUACACUGGGCUGCAUCUGGUGGGCAUUUGGAUAUUGUAGAGUAUUUGAUAGAUAAAGGAGCAAAUGUUAAUAUUGUAGAUGAAUCAAACUGGACUCCUUUACAUAUUGCAGUAUCCACAGGAAAUCUGGAUAUUGUGCAAAAGUUGGUUCUAGCAGGAGCUAAUAUCAAUAGUCAAAAUGACAUUGGACUAACUCCCUUGCAUUACGCAGCUUCAAAAAAUAAGCUUGAAAUCGGAAGAUUUUUGUUGGAAAAAGGUGCAGAAGUCAAUAUUAAAGACAAAAACAAUCAAACUCCACUUCAUCGUUGUACAGUACAUGGAUAUUCCUUAUUUGCAAAAUCUUUGAUAGAAAAUGGAGCAAAUCUCAAUGUACCUGAUAAAGUCAAGAAUACAUCUCUACAUUUGGCAUGUGAAGAAGGACAUGGAGAUACUGCACGGUUGUUGAUUGAAAAUGGUGCCUCUAUUGAUAUGGAAAAUGACGAAAUGAAAACUCCGUUGGAUCUUUGUGAUAAGAAAUUAAAAAAUUAUUUAAUGACGCAUCUUACCGGUUGA